GAAAAAGGGCUCGGGGAGCAGGGAAAAAAAGAAAGCGCACCGAGGAGAAGGAGGAGGAGGAGGAGGAGAAAAGGGGCCAGCCUGCUCGGGGCUUCCUUGGCGCUCGCUGGGAGAGAUCCGAGACCAGAUGGGUUUCGGAAGGAAGCCUCCGACCCCCUCGUCGCUUUUGGACCCCCAAGAAUCCCGUUGCCCUCAAGGAAGUUGAGCACCGCUUGCCGCAGAAUCCAGAGAGGAGGAGGAGGAGGAGGAGGAGGGGAAAUUCAUCAUAAUUGAUAAGAAGAAUAAAAAAAAUAAUAAGAGGAAGAGCAACAGUUAUCGUCGUCAACCCGGCAAAUCUGCCAUUCCGUUCUCAGGAUCCUCUUUUCUUUCCUUUUUCCAAACCCUCUUGUUCCCACCAUCGCGACAGCAAUUCCUCUGGACCAACUGCCUGUGGAUUUUAUAGGUGCUUCCGAAAAGGAAAAGGAAAAAAAAAAGGAGGAGGAAAGAAGAGGAUUUGAGAGAGGCGAAGAACAUCAUUGCGCUGGGUGGCUUGGGGUAACAUCAUUAUAUAUUUUUAAAAAAAAAAUUCCAGUUUUCCUUUUCUUCAGUCAUCCUCACCCUGGACCAGCAUCCAGUCAUCCCUCCCUCUCUUGCCUCUGCCAUGGGAUUGAAGAUUUCUUAGCCUGGGUGGCUCUGACCAGCCUUUCCACCGGCUUCUCUCCUUGCCCUGCACUCAAAAGCCGACAUAUAUGAGAUGGAAAAGCGAGGGCUGUUCGGUGCCCUUUGUUACCUGAUGCUUAAUGCCCCCUUGGUGUUCAUGGUACAGGCUACAUUUACCGAAGUUCCUAAAGAUGUGACUGUUAGGGAGGGAGAUGAUAUUGAGAUGCCUUGUGCUUUUCGGGCCAGUGGAUCCACCUCUUACUCCCUGGAAAUCCAGUGGUGGUACCUUAAAGAAUCGUCACGAGAGCUUGCCCACGAAUUAGCCAUCGGUGGCCCUGGCAGCAGAAGCAAGGUAACAAAUAAGGAUGCCACAAAGAUCAGUACGGUGCGCGUCCAAGGCAACGACAUCUCGCACCGGCUGCGGCUGUCGGGGGUGCGGCGGCAGGACGAGGGCGUCUACGAGUGCCGCGUGUCGGACUAUACCGACGAAGACACGCAGGAGCACAAAGCCCAGGCCUGGCUCCGCGUCCUGGCCCGCUUCUCGCCCCCCGACGUGCAAGCCGCCGAAGCCGUCUCGCACAUCCAGAGCAGCGGCCCGCGCCGGAGCAGCAGCCCCCCGUCGGGACAUGUCCUGGACUUCAUCUCCCAAAAUGACCCAACAUUGGCUCUGCUGGAUGGAGCUUCUGGGAGCUGA